UUAAAUAGAGAAACAAUUCUUCUUUCCUUAUAAAGGCUUGCAAUAUUUGGAAUGGUUGUGGUGUGUAUACAGGGGCUUGACACAAUGGUGGGUGAACAUGGAACUCAGCUAUCUGGGGGACAGAAGCAAAGAAUUGCAAUUGCAAGAGCCAUUUUGAAGAACCCACGAAUCCUUCUUCUUGAUGAAGCAACAAGUGCACUGGAUGCUGAGUCUGAACGCAUCGUCCAAGAUGCACUAGUAAAUGUGAUGGUAAAUCGAACUACUGGUAAACAAAUAGCACGCGUACUUGGGAAGGCACCCACAAUUGCAGCAGCAGCUUAUUUGAGGAUGGCAAGAAGACCUCCAGUUCUCCCUUCCAGCAGUUUUUCUUACUCAUAG